AUGCUACCGGUCAGACGACCACCUCCCGCGGGCACCGCGGCGGAGAAGCUGCUGACGCGGGGGUUGGGGCCGCGAACAACAAUGGUGCUUCUGUCGCUCGUGCUGCUGUUCAUAUACCUCGAAUUCAGUCCACCGCUCCUCCUGACCGCGAUGAUCUACGGAUACGAGGGCGAGCUGCUCGAGCUGGACCUGACUAAGACGCUGGUCUCGCCGGCGAACACUCUGCCCUUCGCGCCGACCGUCUGCAAGCGCGUGGUGAAGCACGCGUUCAAGCACGCGCACGAACGCAUGCCAAAGCUCGGCGAAGUGGCCGUCGCCAAGAUGGACGGCAUCAAGAUGGCGAUCUACGGAAAACACACAGACAUUGUUUCAGACGCGAUCCGCGAGAGCGGCGACUGGGAGGCGAACACGUGGGAGAUCCUGCAGUCCGCGAUGGAGGAGGUCGAGCGGCAGGAGGGCGAGAGGCCCACGUUUGUGGACAUCGGCGCCCACAUCGGCUGGUUCUCGUUCCGCGCAAUCAAGGCCGGGUACCGCGUGUUCUCGUUCGAGGCCAUGCCGACCAACCUCGCGGCGCUGCUGGAAACGCACUGCCUCAACGGGCCCGCCAGGCUGCACCGACACACCCACGCGGUCUACGCCGUGGCCGCCAGCAACGGCAAGAAAGACUGCAAGCUGGUGUCGCACAGCUCGAACGUCGGCGACGGCAUCCUCGAGUGCGACGAGAACUGGAAGCCGGCCGACGGGUACCAGGCGAUGCCGCGGAUGGGCAUGAACACCAUCGACAAUCUGAUCAAGGACGAACUGUUCAACCCGAGUCGGCUGAGCGUGGUCAAGAUGGACGUGUCGGGGCACGAGAUGUUCGUGAUGGAGGGCGCGCACGACUGGCUUGCGUCCAACCGCCGCCCGAAGGUCGUCUUCUCUGAGAUAUGGAAACUCUCUGGAACAACAUCCAAGUACAUUCGUCUGAUGAUUGAGCACGGGUACGAGGUGUACGUGCGCGAGAAAGACGACGGGAACGGGUUCGAGAAGCUCACGGAGAACAUGGCGAUGGAGUUCGCCAAGGCGUGGGAGACGGGCAAGGCGCUGGACCACGCGAACCCCACAACUGACGUGAUCUUCGCUCAGCCGGCGUACGUCCCGCUGCUGGCCACGGGACACUUCCGCCCGCGGUAUGUGGGGCCAUCUGCUGCCGUCGGUGCCUAG